AUGGCUCCUCAGCCAGACUUUUAUCCUACCCUCCAUCGUAUCCGCGAUCUCGAAAGUGCUGGAAUACAAGACUUGCAGCAGAUCAUCCAGACAUUUCCCGUCAUUGACAAUCAUGCGCACAAUCUGUUGACCGAAGAAAACGCCUAUGGGAGUCCCGAAUAUCCCUUCGAAUGCAUCACCUCCGAAGCGCAGGGUCAUGCCCUGGCAGACCACGUCCAUUCGAGUCUGGCUCAUAUGCGUGGGAUCAGGCAGCUGGCAGAGUUCUACCAAUGCCCCGAAACACUUCAAGACGUCAAGGCGGCUCGAUAUGAAUGGGUGCGGAGAGACUAUCCCGAGUUGAUCAGGAGGUGUUUUGCAGGGACACAUGCCAUUAUGCUGGAUGACGGACUGUCCCCGGAGAUCAUACACCCAUUCAAGUGGCACAGACAGUUCGUGCCCACCGUGUCAAGGAUAGUGAGGAUCGAAUCCAUCGCAUCAGAACUGCUGGAACAUCUCGCUCAUGCGGCGGGGUUCAUGAGAGUCGGACUUGAUGCGGACUGGGACAUCAGCCAGACCGAAAGCUUUCUCGUCCGCUUCAACACGGUCUUUCGCAAUCAGAUCCGUACGCUGGCGAACGAUCCCGACGUCCGCGGCUUCAAGUCUGUCAUCUGCUAUCGAACGGGCCUGGAUGUUGGACUCGAGAGCAGGAAGAACUUCCGUCCCCAUCAGUCAUUGACCGAGUCGACCCUCCUGCAGUCCUUCCAUGAGUUCCUGCAAAAGGCGGUUCGCGACCACCGAUACCGCAUUGAUCAGAAGGAGGUGAAUGACUUUCUGGUGGUUGCCGUGUGUGAUGUGCUGGAGAAGCUUGUAGACACAGACGGUGAAAACCUGCCUUUCCAGUUCCACACUGGACUCGGUGAUACGGACAUCGAUCUCGUGAAAGCGAAUCCAGCAUAUAUGCAGCCAUUGAUUGAAGCUUUCCCACAGGUUGAUUUUGUCAUCCUCCAUUCUUCGUACCCCUACACCCGAGAGGCUGGCUACCUGGCAGCCAACUACGCGAAUGCAUGGCUUGACAUUGGGGAAGUAUUCCCGAUGUUGUCCAGAGAUGGAGAAGAUUCGGUUCUACGACAAGCCCUCGAGCUGACCCCAAGUUCGAAGAUCCUGUGGAGUACGGAUGGACACUUCUACCCCGAGACUUACUGGCUGGCAAACAAGCACUUCAGGGAUGCCCUCGAGAGAUUACUUACCGCCUACGUCGCGGCAGGAGAUAUCACCGUCGCCCAAGGGAUUGAUAUCGCCGUGGACAUGAUGUUCUGGAACUCAAAUCAGCUCUACAAGCUCGACGAAGAACGCAAGUUCCCGGAGCUGCUACGGGCCUGCGGGAGGGAAACCGUAGAUAGCAUGCGGACUCUGGUCAAUGGAGGAUCCAAAACACCCUCUUUCAAUUCUUAUGCCAGCACCGCCGUUGGGAACGCUGCCACUGCUUCAGCACGGCCAGGCCCUUCUCUCCCUGCAGCUCCAUUGCCGGUCACGGGUGCCUCUCUGCCGGUUCCCUCAGCAAGCACAAGCGCCCCAUCAGGUCAAAGCUCGACAGCAGUGUUCGCCCAGAACCUGACUGUGUUUGAUACCUUUCUCCAGACCAAUCCCGGCGUCAAGUACAUAUGGCUGCAGUUUUUGGAUUACACGGGCACCCUUCGGAAUCGGAUGGUGACAGUCCAGCAGUUUCGAAAGCAGCUGUCGACCGGCCAGAACCCAGUCAUCACUUCCGCCCUUACACGUCUGCUGCAGGACGACCAUCCCGCCACGGGUUGUUCAGCAACAGGACAGUUCCUUCUCGCCCCGGACCUCUCGACACUGUCGCUCAACAAGGGCAUUCCGUCUCCGUCCGCCACCGUGCAGACAUGGUGGAUGGCCGAUACCGAAGCCAUCCCGAACACGGAACACUGGGAUCGCUGUCCUCGCUGGCUUCUCCAGUCGCAAUGCAACGCGCUCAAAUCGGAGUUCAACAUCUCCAUGCUAAUGGGGUUCGAGCUGGAGGUCAUCUUCAUGAAACCGGCUAUGACCGAGGACCAAUCCGACUUUGCCGACUUCGGGCCCCUGCACAUGGUGCACUCGUGGUCCAACAUGACCCACCAACAACUAGACAUGCUGCCCAUGAUCGAGGAGAUUGUAGAAUAUCUGGCCGAGUUAGACAUCCACCUUCCACAAUUCCAUUCCGAGGCUGCCCCAGGACAAUGGGAAUUCCCUUUACCACCGUUUGAACCAGUCAAGGCGGUCGACAUCUUGUUCAAGGCGAAAGACGUGAUCCGCAACGUGGCCAAAGCCCACGGGCUCAAAGCGACGUGCUACCCGCGUCCGUUCGCGUUCACGUGCGGCAGCGCCAACCACGUCCAUUUCAGCAUCAACGGGCCCGGCGACACGGUCGAGAAAUACGAGCCCCCGUUCCUGGCCGGCAUUCUGGACCACCUCCCCGCUCUGCUGGCGUUUACCCUCCCGCUCGAGGAAUCUUACGCGCGCGUCAACGCCGGCAUCUGGUCCGGCGGCGAGUACGUGUGCUGGGGUACGCAGAACAAAGAAGUCCCGCUGCGCAAGUGCGGCCCGGGCCAUUUCGAGCUCAAGACCAUCGACGGCAUCGGCAACUCGUACCUGUCCAUGGCCGCCCUGCUGGCGGCCGGUCUCCACGGGCUCAGACAGGACUUGAAGCUCGAGAUGAAGGACUGUGCGGGCGAUCCCACACUGAUCGGCGAGCACGAGCGCCAGAGUCUCGGCAUCACCGUGCCACUGCCCAAUACCUUGGAAAAGAGCUUGAAGGCGCUCGACAAGGACAAAAUCCUGAGACGAGCCCUCGGAUAUGCCGUGGUCGAUGACUACCUCGCUGUCGCGGACAGUCUGACGCAGAAGUGUCGAGCCUUUGGAGAGGAGAAGAGACGCGUCUGGUUGAUGUCUCGGUAUUAG